GGCAGGUGGGCGUUUCCUGCCAAGGCCAAUGGGGUUGGAGGAUUGUCGGGUCCGGAGGUGGCGCUUGGGCCCCGGUGGAAAGUUGUCAACAGCGGCGAGGAGGAAGAGGCAGCUUGGAGGGGGAAAUCGUGCACCCUGGGCUUCUGUAGGGGUUGAAGGAUUUUGGCGAACCCGCUGCCAACGACCGACCCUCAGAUUAUGUGACUUUGGAAGAAUGAACACUUAAACGAAGGUUUCAACAGUGCUACCUUUUACGGACUGAUCCCAUGGCAGGUCAUCCCAGCUGGGCGACUGCUGGCUGAUCUCGACAGGACGUUGCUUGCACAUUCUUUGGAUUGUAAUGGCUUUGGACAGUGAAAUAAGUGCCUCAUAGCCAAGGGACCUCUCGCUCCCUCUACCUCUGGCGCAGGCUCAAUUAUUUUUCAUUUGGGGAGGGAGAGCGUAUUUUGGGAAUUAAGCAGAGGAGGAUGUGGGAGCUCAGGACCUGAAGGGGGCCCAAGUCUGACGACCACCACGGCUUUCGUCUUUGUCCUCCUGCCGAGGGAGGAGGCUCUGCUCGGGGCAGCCAUGAUCGGCAAGAAGAGGAGUGGUUUCCAAAUCACUAGUGUGACCUUGGAUUACGAUGGCGGCGGUGGGGAGGGUCUGAAACAGCUGCCAGAUGGUGAAGUGGAGCUGGGGGGCUCUGUGGGGUCUCCCUUGGUGAACGGAGUACCGGGGCACCUGGGCAGUGGGCAUGCUCCUGUCCCAGGUAAGGCUGAGCCAGCUGGGUCUGGAAAGAAUGGACCACCCGUUGAUCGGACUCCACUGCCCCCUGCAAAGGAGCAGCAGGUGGGUGAGGGCUCACCCCGUGGUUCCGAGGCUGCCCGCGGGACCCCCAUCUCCGACACUCCUCGGGUGGCCGUCACCCAGGACCCUCAGAGGGCAGAGGGUGCAGGGAUCACGGAGGUCAUGACCCCUAGGACUGCCAGGUCGCCACUGAGAACAUCCUCUGCCCUGGGCGGCUCACAGCAGCUGGCUUCCUCUUGUGGCUCUCGGUUCCGUGUGGUGAAGCUCGACCACAGCUUGGGUGAGCCGUACCGCCGUGGCCGGUGGACCUGCUUGGACUUGUAUGAAAAGGACCUUGAUGGGCAGCUACUGGCCAGAGCUUUGGACAGCGCCAGGCAUGUCAACUCCCUGGACUCCCACCUGGAGAUCACCAGCUUUGCCCAUAAGGUCAUUAGCCAACUCCGGCCCAAGAUGCAUGCCCCCAAGAGCCAGGGGUCCUCGCCAGUGCCGAGCCAGGGAGAGGGACCGAGGGGCAGGUUCAUUCCUGUGGCUCCCGGCCACACCCUGAAUGUGCUGCUCCAGGCGGCUGAGUCGCUGAACCUGGGCAAGACGGCUCGAGUCGAGAGAGAGUCCGGACAGCUUGCCCCAGCCAGCCUGCCCCAGCUCCCUGUCACCAGCGCCCCCGUUUCCAAGGUGGUCAUGGCAGCACUCAAGGGUGAUGGCAGCCCCCCCAAGGAUCAGCAGAAACCCAGCACAACAGUCAGGGGUGGUCCCGCGGAGCAGACUACUUCCAAUCCGAUGUCGCCAAGCGUGAGCCAGCCCUCUUCGGGAGAACACGGAGCAAUAAAGAAGUUUUCUGAAUCUCGAUCCACACCCGCCUCGCCAGUCCUGACUCAGGACACCAGUGCUUUCAGGAAGACUCGUGUCUCUGAGGUCAAUGGCUCCAGUUCACUCCGCUUCAUCUCACCCAUGCAGACCCUUGCCACAUCAAUGCUGUCGGUUGGGUCACACCAGGAAAGUGAUGAUGACAGUGGUUCCAGCAGCAGCAUGGUUGCCAUUGACAACAAGAUCGAACAAGCCAUGGACCUGGUGAAGAGUCACCUGAUGUACGCCGUCCGCGAAGAGGUGGAAGUGCUCAAGGAGCAGAUCAAGGAGCUGAUCGAGCGGAACUCCCUACUGGAGCGAGAGAACACCCUGCUGAAGUCCCUGGCCAACCCGGAGCAGCUGUCCCAGCUCCAGGCCCAGAUGCGGACCGCGGGAAGCAGCGGCGGCUCCUCGGGCUCGUCACCUGCCAGCACGUCCACUGCUUGAGGAGCCAGUCAUGGGGGAAGUGCUCUGGUGGGCAGAGAAAAGGAGUUGGGGGGAAGGUCCUCCUCCUUUUAAAACACUACGCGACAUCGCAAACUAAACUGCCAGCGCUUUCCGGUACCUACACUCCAGUGCCAAGGCCACCAACUCUAAGCUUAAACAGACUGAUCUACAUGAUGCUGCUAACCUGGCAUUCGCUGCCUUUUUUUAAUAAGACUUGAGGGGAAGGUGGGGGGGGGGGGGGAGAGAGAGAGAGGGAGGAAGCAAUCUUGCUUUUGGGAUUAUUGUCCUAAGAUGGGAGAUGGACUCGAAGGUAUUCUUUACCCCUACCAUGUGCGCUGGGUGAGGACUGAGGGAGCAAUCACGUGCAAGAAAGUGAAACAGCAGAGUUUCCCACUCUUCAGAUCCACACAGUGCAAGUGCACAUUAGCCCCUUCCCUUUCACCAUCCCAACCCUAGCCUAAUUCUGUUGUGCAAGAUUCCUCUGGGUUUGGGUGGGCGGGCAAAGGUGCAGCUUCUCCGCAGCAAGCUUAUUUUCAAAACAAAAGUUGGUAUAUAGUACCUUACUUUACCUCGCAAGCCAGCACCAACUGAUUAUCUCUUUAUUAUCACCGUAACUAAAUACAGCUCAGUUUUGUUUAUAUGUUAUUGUGAUCGGAGUAAGUGGAAAGAUGCUUUUGCCUCCGGACAGCUCUUGUGCCUUUCCUCAGUGCCCUGCGCCCCAUUGGAGAGGCAUGGGUUUAAGUUGGAAACUGAGGAAUGGCGAUUGCUGCCUGGAGGUGUUAAGCCUGCCACAGCAGUGCACACACACGAGGGUGACUGAGAUAUGACCCACACUAGGUUGCAUUGGGGAAUGCUGCCCCAAUUUGGUUCUCCAGGUCUCAGUGGGAGGCAUUUCUCUCCCCAUCACUAAGAGCUUGAUAUCGAUGGGCUCCCCACUUGCCCUCCAGGGUACACUAGAAAAGUGUCACCUUACACACUUGCUAAUAAUGUAUUUAAAUUCCCAUCCAGUCAGUCUCCCUGUGCAAGUGUUGAAACAGUUGGAAUACAUCAUCCAUUUGAAAUGAGUGAAGAAUAUUUUGGCCUGAACAAUAUGCCUCUUGGAGGGUAGUGAUGUGAGUGGAUGGUGAUCAGAGGAGGAAGGUCUAUCAGUCAAAUUCUGACUUGCCUUCAGCUGGACAGGCAACAGAAGAGAAACUCGGAGGGGUUUCAAAAGUGGGAGGACGAAAAGGACAGAGCAUUGAGGGUCUGUAGUAGUGGGCACUAAGUGGACCUACUUACUGCAUGUUGUGCCACUUACGUUUUGAGCAGCAGUGAUGGUCUUCCAUCUCUGGCAGUGUUCAGGACUUUCUUCAUCAUGUCACUACUGUCAGUCAUGCAAGUCCCGGGAGGAGACUUGGGAAUACCAUCGCACUCAGAUGUAAAAGGAUUCUUCACUGCUGUUUCCUUAACAAUUUUGUUUGACCAGUUGGGUCGUUUGCCCUGAACGGAACCCCUGAACCUGGAGGACUGGUGGACCACUAUUAGUUUGACCUCUACCCUUUGACCUGUUUGGCAUGGGUGUCCCUACUAAGAGCCAAAGCAUAAAGCCCUGACUCCAGCCAACAUGGCUCUCUGGGUCAUUGAGGCACGCAAGCCUCCAAACCCUACGAUAAGGCUUUGGUCCUCUUGGAGGACUAAGUGGACAGCAAGUUUAAAAGGGUUCACGGGCAUGCAGCCUAGAUGUGAGAGGGCUUAAGCAUCUUCCAUAGCCCAGUUUUAUAUAGUUUGGUUCUGUAAGCUGUCCAAUCCAAUACACAGAGCCACAGUACAUCAGGCUAUCAGAUCUAUUCUGUUGUCACACCUUUCUUGAAAUUGUUUGAUUUUCUUUUGAUUGUCUACUUGGUGAGUAUCACUGGUUUGAUUUAGCACAAGUGAAGCUUGCAGGAAUUUGUAAUGUUUUCAAAUGGUGCAAUAAUGAUUUAGAGAGUAUGAAAGCUGCUUUAUUUCUACUCCAGGAUUAAAAGUUCAAACCCUCUCUCAUUUUAAGUUUGCCUGUUCUAGUCAGUGGUUGUUGAGCUAGAACCAGGUAGGAAAAUAUAGUCCAGUCUGGGUAGUUGGUUGGGUCCACGCUGUGGUCAGUCAGUCAGGAACAUGUUCCUACUUCACACAGAUCUGUCCAGCCCUGAGGCCCCAUCUCAAAGCUCAGUAAAAGGUUUUUACAUAGAUUGCAAGAAUCAGCGGAGGAUGAGUAGUCACUUCCUUUUGUUCUUGCACAGGGUUUGACAGUCUUGUCAUUCUUCACAUAAACCUCUCUCUUAGAUCAUUGUGCUCUCCUGGCAGUCACAUGCCAUAUCCUGCCAUGCAUUAGUUAACCUGUUUGCUGCCUUGGUAACUGGGAAGGAUGGUGGGGGAGAGGGGAGAUGGACUAGAAGCUGUGAUUGUUCCUGGCCUAGAGAGAGCAGGGAACAUUUCUUGCUCUCAAAGUUCAAAGUAAUUUUUUUUAUCACAGUAUAAAUAUGUCACCAUAUACAACCCUAAGAUUCACUUUCCUGUGGGUAUAGUCAGCAGAUCUAUAGAAUAGUAACUAUCACACAAUCAAUGAAAGAUCAGCCAGAGUGCAGAAUACAAGAAACUGUGCAAAUGCAAAUAUAAAUAAAUAGCAAUAAAUAGUGAGAACAUGAGAUAAAGAGUCCUUAAAGUGAGAUCAUUGAUUGUGGGAACAUCUCAGUGGAUGGGCAAGUGAGUGUAGUUAUCCCCUAUUGUUGAAGAGCCUGAUGGAUGAGGGGUAUUAGCUGUUCUUGAACCUGGUAGUGUGAAUCCUGAGGCUCUUGUACCUUCUACCUGAUGGCAGCGGCCUGGGUAACUUGGUUCUCCGAUUAUGGAUGCUGUUUUCCUGCGACAGCAUUUCAUGUAGAUGUGCUCAAUGGUUGCAAGUCCUUUCCAGACUCGCAACACUGUGUAGACAAAAAAACAAACUAUCAAUUGGGUGCAAUUUCCAUUGUGGGAACAGUGGGCAGGUGGGAGCCACGAAUUAGCCUGGGAGAGCCAGGUACGUAGAAGGUAGAUAGCAAGAUGCUAAUGGGCGGCAUGGUAGCAUAGUGGUUAGCACAAUGCUUUUUAGUACAGCUGACCCAGGUUCAAUUCCCGCAGCUGCCUGCAAGGAGUUUGUACGUUCUUGCCGUGACUGUGUGGGUUUCCUCCCACAGUCGUACUGGUUGGUAGGUUAAUAGGCCAUUAUAAAUUGCCCUGUGAUAAGGCUAGGAUUAAAUUGGUGGUUGCUGGGCAGCGUGGCCAAGGUGGAAGGGCCUAUUCCACGCCUUAUCUCAAUAGAACUAAAAUAUAUCACCCCCAAGCUGGUGGGUGUAAAUAAAACACCUCAGAUGUCCCAGCUGCUUGGGAAAAGGUUUGGGAACUUUUGUCAGCGUAGUAUCUCAAAUAGUCCUUGGCUCCUCACAAAAGUGAAGAAUAAGUUACAGUAUUAAUCAACUGGAUGGCCCUCAGACUCCCUGUGCUUCUGUGGCCUGUGACGUUUUGGUUGUGGUGCCAGAGUAAUAGGUCCGGUUGGAGGGGGAGAGGUUGGGUGGUGUGGGCCUGGCAAUCUGCAACCUGAGCAGAUGUCUGUGCUUCCUCUCUCAAUACGCCAUUCAGGGAGCUGUGUUUUUUACCAGAGCAAUAAUUGCUUGCCUUACCCCGCAUUAUACGUAUAAUUUAUACAGAGCCGGGGUCGCAAGCUGCAGGAGCCUUUGUUAAAGUACCCUCCCUCACUCCCCUCUUCCCCCAUGCGAGGGGAGGGGUGUUGUGGUGGAGGGUGAAGAGACUGCUACCUCGCUACUCUGUGAUUUCUGGGUUUAAUCUAGCCAAACGAUGAUUGUUCUGUCUAAACCAUUUUAUUUGCUCGACAUACUUGUAAUUUUUUUAUUACUACUUCAACAAAAAACAAAACUUGUAAUUAAAACGGGAAAAAAAGCACAAUGCAAGGA